AUGUAUUCCGUGACAGUAUUACUGUUGUUUCUACUUGGUGUGCAGGCUGAUAUAUAUUUACACAACCCAAGGACAAAUCAACAUUCCUGCGGUGAUCUGAACAGUCAUUGUGAAUUGAUAAUACAAUACAUGUGCCAUGACAAUGUAAGGGAUGGUGCUGUUACAACUACUAUACCAACAGACCUAAACAACUGUUAUGGAUAUGAUUGUAAUAAUGACUUAGAAUAUGGCAUGCAAGAAAAUUAUGAUUAUUACAACAAUUGUAAAUUAAGAGAAAGAAAUCAAGGUCUCUUCACAGCUGAUCAGAAUGUGAAAGGAACCACUGCUAAAUAUACAAGACAAAAUCCUAAUGGUAAUCGCUAUGGUUAUGAAUGUCCUGAAGAAAGAGAUUAUUAUCCUUAUUGGCAACCAUCACCAUGGAGGGACAUUGCUGUGAUGACCAACAAUGCUCGCAUGUGUCCAUACUAUCAACAAGAGAGUGCCAAUGUCAAGAGUAAAUGGGCAUGUGUUGUCCCCAGUGGAUACCUGAAAGAGAACAUCAACUCAAGAACCCCUGUAGUGCCGACUAAUAAGCGGGAUUGUGAGUAUAUUCUCUAUCCUGAGGAUGAUGAGAAUGGGGAAAGAGGAGUAUGGAGAGAAUUUCCAUCCCAUAAUAUUCCACCACCAGAAUGUCAUGAAACAGAGUGGACAAGAGACAAUCACCUUGGCAAUGGUAAAGGUGGUUACCCCAACGUAUAUAAUUGGACAAUACCUGAUGACAUCAUACAUGAACACUGUGUUCUAAGAAUGAGGUAUAAUAUUUCAACUGGUGAAUUUGAUGGCUGGGAUCCCAAUGUCAACUCAACGCUAAAUAGCAAUGGCAAUGAACCUAGUACACUUGAUAUUCAUACCAGACUUGGAUUCUCAAGCCGAGAGGAAGCUGCAGCUCGUGGUUAUGUUUAUGAACAAAAUCCUGUGGUUGAAAUCUUUGAUGAAUUCACUGAAGAUGGUAAAGAUUUUGGUUUAGAGUUAGCUAUUAACACAAAUCAGUAUGGCAGAGUCUUCCAAGACAGAUCACAUUCAUUUGCCAUACGUAAGAGACCAGAAUCACUACAGAGUGCUCGUAUAUAUAAUUUCAAUGUGCGUGGUAAAAGAGGAAACAUAGUACAAGUGUACCCUGCGGUGGAAUACGACUUUGUACCCAAUACACUCAGACUAUCCAAGGAUGACUAUGUCCAUAUACAGUGGACUGGUUCCAAUACUAAUCCUAAUAACAACGAUGGGCAGGGAUUGGCUGGCACUGAUAGGUCUAACUUAGUAUUACUAGGAGAACAAGUGUACACAGAAGGAGAAAACUCCAAUCCAUAUGAACCAUAUAACAAAUAUGGACAUCUUGGUUUGAAUACACCAAUGCAUUUAGAUAAUGUGACUUUUCUAGGAUUGAACCAACAGGAUCUUAUAAAUUUAGCUGUUCUUAAUCCAAACCAAUUUCGAGGUGAGCUUUCAGAGUUAGAUGAUGCGGGUACAUAUUUUGAUCUUGGACCAAGAAAGACAACAGAAAAUGGUCACUACCAUUUCAUGUGUACGAGGAAUAACAAUUUCUCCAAUCGUAGUCAGAAGGGCAAGAUCUUGACAGUGGAGCAAAUUAUUUCAGGUGCUGCUAUUGGCUGGAAUGGUGGAAAUCUUACAAUUGAUGGGCUUGCUGGUAUACAUGUUGAAAGGGAUACUUUAGAUGAUCUUUAUAAAUUCCAAAUGGAGGUAUGGGCGGCCAAACAAGGUGAGGCAGCGAUGCAUCAGAUUGGUCGCCAAAUUUCAGUUGGUACAGGAUAUGCCAGUGAUUAUGUUGUUCUUCACCCGCAACAAAAAGUAACGCAAGAUGAUAAAACUUUCACAAUGAAGAUAAAGGUUACUCACCCAACAACUGAAGACAUUGCUGUAUAUCGUAGCAAUGCGGAUACCUUUUCCUCAUGGCAUCGAGUUAGUGCAGUCAAGCAGGGGGACAGUGUUUUAUUUGAGACGCAGGAAGGUGGCGUAUAUGUUGUGCGCACAGAAUCGGACGUUGCCGCUAUAGUAGGCAUUGUCUUAGGAUGUUUAGCGGCUAUUAUUAUAAUUGUUGGUACUGUGAUUUAUUUCAGAAGACACCCAGACAAGUGGAAUAGGGUGACACAUUCUUGUAGUCGUGCUAAAAAGUCUACUCAAAGCAAAGUCUGAUGUACACUUUCUGUACAUUUUGAGUUUAAUACCAAUAUAAUUUACUUAUCUAACUGCCCUCCCCACACCUGUGGCCACCAAGAGGCACAGUUGACACUAUAACAGAAUGCUAACAUAAUGCCAUAAAGUUUAAUACAGUGAGACAAUAUUUAUAACAUAUUUACAAUUUGAGUUCGAGCAAAUUUGACAAAAACAUCUUUAAUGAAAGAAGAUUCCCACUAAGAUAACUUGUAUUUCAAAUUUAAAACAUAUUUUGGAUUUUGUGGCCUUGCGUUAUAAUAAUGUUUUACUGUUUUGUGCUUACGUUCAGUUUUCGUUGGGUUGUGUUAGGAAUUAUUAAAGUUUUAGUAAUGUACAUGCACUCACAACCAUUAAUAAUUUGGAACUUUGAUACAUAUUAACUUUCAAUACUAACCUCAAGACAUCUUUGAACAUAUUGUAGUCUCUCCGUAUCACCAAACUUUACAAUAUAUUAGCCAUACUAACUGUCAAGUGUUUAGUCAAUAUGAUUAAUACACAAAGACUAAAAGUAAUAAUCAACUAUUCAAUGUUAGUAGCAAUGGUUUCCCGUCCCCUUGCACAUUUACAUGCUUUUAUAUUAUAGAUUUCAAACUUGACAAAAUAAGUUAUAAAAUCAUGUUGAUGUUGUUUAUCAAAUGUGAAAAAUAUUCGUACUUACAAUUCAUGUUUAUAAUUCAAAAACUAGAAUCCAACAUUAUUUCUUUGGGAUUUAAAACAGCCAAUCACAAAAAACUGCUGUCCCAAAAGCCACAACCAUCCUUAAUAACAAAAAUUACUUUUUAACCAAAUGUUCAAAUGUAAUAUAAAUCAAUAUUCCAGUCAUGCUACGAAUGCUGGUCAUUGUGAACAUUAUAGCAUGCACAUUAUUAGAAUAAUUACAUUUGUUUAUUGUUAUAUCAAUUAUGUACUGGUAAUGUAAGAUGUAUUUUAAUUUUAAUGUAUUCAAGAUGCAUCCAUUGACUGAUGUGAAUAGUUGUAUCUGCUGGCCAGAAUUCUUUUAAUAGUCUUUUGAAGGUUUUUAUAGUUUUUGUAAUAAAGAAAUAUUUUA